AUGGCCAAGAUGUCUGCUUCAAAAAGAUAAUAUGUCAAAAUUUCUAAAAUUCAAAAGCAAUCCUUACUUCAAUUAGUUUUCGACUAUGGAAUGAAGAUUAGAGAGGCUUCACAGAAAUUGAACUUAAAAUAUGCUGCCGCUAAAACCUUUGUGUUAUAAUUUAGAAAAAAAUUACUAAGAAAAGAAUUUAAUUACGCUUCUGAUAAGCCUUGUCAGACAUGUCCUAAAAGAGAUGUGUAUACUCCAUUUAAAAUCGUAUCAUAGAUAGGAGGAAAAGAAAUCAGUUCAAAAACUUACAUAUACAAUUGA